AUGGAGUACCCUGGGGGCCCCUGCGGGCGGCUCUCCUCCGCCUAUGCGCGCCGGCGGCUCUACAACAGGCUGGCCCUCGAGGGGCCCCUCGAGGGGCCCCUCGGGGGGCCCCCCAGGGGCCCCCUUCUGCAGCAAGACCGCAGCAGCAGCUUGUUAGGAAGAACUAUUUCUCCCACUUUAAGGGCCCAAGAAGCAGCAAUUCGCAGCCAAAUGCGCAGAGCCAACUCGGGGGCCCCCAGCAGUCCGGGGCCCCCCCCCCUGGGCCGCCACAGCGCGGCCCGCGCCGCUUCGCGGAGGGGCCCCCGGGGGCCCCCCGGGGGGUCUCCCGGGGGGGCCCCCCGGGGUCCCCUGCAGGGGCCCCCGGGGGCCCCCGGGGGUCCCUUUGGGGGCCCCCAGGACCCCCAGGAACGAGAUAAAAGCCCCACUUUCAGGGCCCCCUUUUUCUGUCCCGGAGAGGAAAACCAGGGGGCCCCUUGUUGGCUGCUGCUGCACGAAGAAGACGUGCAGCAGCAGGUGCCAGGGGGGACGAAGCUGAGGCCCAAGGGGGGCCCCUCUCGCAGCAGCAGCAGCAGCGCAGCAGCGCAGCAGACCAGAGCGCCCCGCAGCAGCAGCAGCAGCAGCAACCGCGCAGGCCUCGAGACCCCCAGACACCCCAAAAAGAGCCCCACCAAAGAGGCCGAUCUCCCCGAAGGCGAUUCAGCUGUACCACAAGGAGGCCGCGAAGCUGUGGGCGCGGGCUACCAGCAGCAGCAGCAGCAGCAGCAACAGCAGCAGCAGCAGCAGCAGCAAGAUGCGGACACGAGGCCUCCGUUGUACCCUUCAGAAAUCAGCGAGGGGCCCCCCACGGAUUUUCCCAAAAGUACCCUAAAGGGGGCCCCCAAGGACUUUGGAGAUUCCCCUUUUUUGUUUUCGGGGGGCCCCCGCUCCUUUGGGGACCCCAAUGGCGACAGCGACGUGGAGAUACAAAAAGGUACUGACGAUCAAUGGGGGCCCCCAGACAACAGGGGCCCCCAGGGCCCCCAAGGGGGCCCUGGGGGCCUCUAUGGGGGCCCCCAGGAGUACGGGGGCCCCCAGGAAUACGGGGGCCCCCAAGAGUUCCGGGGCCCCGAAGAGCACAGGGGCCCCCAGGAGUAUGGGGGCUCCCAAGAGUACAGGGGCCCCCAAGACAACAGGGGCCCCCAGGAGUAUAGGGACCCCCAGGGAUACAAGGGCCCCCAGGAGUACAGGGGCCCCCAAGAGGAGAGGGGCCCCGAAGAGUACAGGGGCCCCCAGGAGUACGGGGCCCCCCAAGAGUACAGGGGCCCCCAGAAGGACAGCGGCCCCCAGGAGUACAGGGGUCCCCAGGAGGAGGGGGGCCUUCAGGAUUUGGAUUUGAGGAUAUCUGAGACCCAACUGAGGGCCAAAAUGGAGUUGGAAAGAUCUCGAAGAGGACAACUUGGGGCUGCUGAGGGGCCCCUGCAUGCGCCCUAUGCCACUUGGGGCUUUCAGGCUCCUUUGGACACUGCGGAGGAAAGACAAAAGAAAAAAUUCAAAGAAGAAAUGAAAGAAGAAUUAAGACAAAGACAAAGGAAUAGAGAGCCUCUUUCUGUGACAGAAAGAGCAGCGGCGAAGGCAGAAAUUCUGGGCUGGCAAACAAAAGCCCAAAAUUAUUAUUUGCUUUACCAGCGGCUGCUGCAGCGGCAGCAGCCCCUGGAGUCAGAAGUACUGAAACUCACCAAAGACUUGGCUGUUGCAAAAGAGGCCAAAAGCAACUCGCGCAUGCAGCCCCAAAACGCUGCGACGCAUGCAGAGCCCAGCCAGGCAGUGUGGGGCCCCACAGACAGCCAGCUGUCUGCAAACUACAAAGAGCUGCUGCAGUGUUUGCUGGGGGUCUGCAGCAGCAUAACUCCUGUCUUUGCCCACCAAGUGCAGCAGCAGCAGCAGCAGCAGCUGCAGCAGGGGGGGCCUCCGGGGGGCCCCCCACCCAAUGUUGUGCACAUGAUUAAUGCUGUCAAUUUUGUUGCUGCAUGCAGCCACCAAAGUGCAGCAAUAGAAAGGGCCCGGCAGCAGCUUUUGGAUGCGCUGCGGGGGCUACCGGCGAGCUGCUGGGCCCACGCGCAGCAGCAGCAGCAGCAGCAACAGCUGCUGCAGCAGCAGCAGCAGCUGCUGCAGCAACAGCAGCAGCAGCAGGGGGGCGGCAGGGCAAGGGGGAGGUCUUCAAGCAGCUACAACAGACACGCGGGGACCCGCAGCAGCUCUCGCUGUGUCUCUUUUGUCUCUUCUGACGAAGACAGCAGCAGCAGCAGCAGGAGCAGCAGCAGCAGCAAACGGGGGGGCCCCAGAAGGGCCCCAAGCAGCUCCAGUUGA